AUGCUCUCCUUCUCCCUCCCUUCAUUCAAGUUUCCCUCCUGGAAACGCCAGACUGUCUUCGAUAUCCCGCCUGUCAAGGUCCACGAGGUUGACACAGCAGUCGAAAAGCCGGCGCGGGCUCUGAAGCAUCUCCUGAAGCUGAACCACGCCAACCACGCGAUCUUGUACAAUGACCGGAAAUUCCACAACCAUGCGCCUCAUAUCCUCAGCUCGUCCUUCCUACAGGGCGCGGACGCGGACGAUCUGAAUCGCGUGUAUGAGGCUGAGUCGAAGACGCUGGACCCCUGGGUUGAUGCGCCGAGUGAGAUCAGCCCGAAUGAUUGGAGAGAGUAUCUGGGACAGCGGGAGUACCAGCGGGCGUUCGUGGACUUUUUCGAGGAUGAGCUCGUGCGCGACGGCUAUGAUUGGAAGCAAGUCCUCACGCAUUAUCUUUACUCUGGCAGGGAGCCGCUGUUUAGCUCGCUGGUUUCGGACUUGGGACAUCCGUUGAUUCAUCUGGGAUAUGCGUUUGAGAUGUCGAGUCGCGAGGUUGCUAUGGAGGCCCUCGGGCUUGCAGCGACCUGUUACAGCGAUAUCCACAAAUACUUCGACGAUCCGUCUUAUUCUAAGGCCGAGGCGUCGUAUCACUCCACCUCAAUGUUCGAGGUCUUGAGCAAGGUGCGCGCGGAUCAGCGCUUCAACGGACUCUUCGCUACGCCGGGAGACAAUAAUCUCGAUACUCUCUUCCGACACCAUGAGGCCGCGCUCCUCGACCACUGGAAUGCCUGGAAGAUUGAGAACCCCGUUGAACAAUUCCGCGAGAGCCAGGAACUCGCUGCUGCGCUACUAGUCGCUACACACCAAGACUCAACAGACAAAUACGACUUCUUCCUUGUCCACAUCCUCACCACCAGUCAUGCGGUUCGCAUUCUUCUCCCAUUUGUGCCCGGGCGGUUUCAGAUCCCGCUCGUCCGGCAGUGGUGGCUAUUGACACUGGCUGUAUACAUUGCGCAGCUCAGGCCAGAAAUCGAUCUCGAUCGGAUCAGAAACUACGAUCUGAAAGGGCGGGACUGGAAAUGGGCGGCUAAUCAGGCUGUCACGACCGAGCACUCUACCGAUGCGCAUUAUGUCAAGGCCAUACGUGCUCUGAGGGAGGCUGCAACGACGUGGGGGGAUUCGGAUGAGUUCUAUCUGAAAGCAGCUGCAAAAUUUGCCGAGGAGUUUGAUGGCUGGGGAGGGUUUGUAUGA